GUGCGUGAGUGUCGCAUGGCGAUGACGCACAUUGGGGGCGCGGAGUAGUGGAGUCUGUUGCGCCUGCUGGAGGCGAACAUGGCGGGCGUCGCUGAUGCCGCCGCUCCCGGCAGCAGCGGGGACGGGAGGCGAGGCGGCGCCCCGGAGCAGCUGCAGCAGGACGCGGGAAGGGGGGAGCGGAAAAGCAGCUGUUCGAGCGGCGAGUCCUGGCCGCCUGUCGGCGGCUCGGGGCAGCCGCCAGCGCCGCAGCGAACCGAAACCCUGGGCUUCUACGAGAGCGACCGGGAGCGGAAGAAGAAGAAAAGCGUCUCAGACCUUUCAUUGCUGAAGUUCAUCAGUGCUGAACUGACAAGAGGUUACUUCCUUGAACAUAACGAAGCAAAAUACACAGAACGGCGAGAGAGAGUAUACACAUGUAUGCGAAUACCAAGAGAAUUGGAAAAGUUGAUGUUUUUUGGAAUCUUUUUGUGCCUGGAUGCUUUUCUCUAUGUGUUCACCCUGCUUCCUUUGCGAGUUUUUCUGGCAUUGUUCCAGUUCAUCACUCUGCCUUGCUAUGGCUUACGUGAUAGACGUUUGCUACAACCUGCUCAGGUAUGUGACAUUUUCAAGGGAGUUAUAUUGGUCAUCUGCUACUUCAUGAUGCACUAUGUUGACUACUCUAUGAUGUAUCAUCUGAUAAGAGGACAGUCUGUCAUAAAACUCUACAUCAUCUACAACAUGCUGGAGGUGGCUGAUCGCCUGUUUUCCUCUUUUGGACAAGAUAUUUUGGAUGCCCUUUAUUGGACAGCUACUGAACCUAAGGAGAGAAAAAGAGCUCAUAUUGGUGUGAUUCCUCACUUCUUCAUGGCAGUGCUGUAUGUCUUCUUGCAUGCUAUUCUUAUAAUGGUCCAAGCAACAACACUUAAUGUAGCCUUCAACUCCCACAACAAGUCACUGCUUACCAUCAUGAUGUCUAAUAAUUUCGUUGAAAUAAAAGGAAGUGUUUUCAAGAAGUUUGAGAAGAACAAUCUUUUUCAAAUGUCAAACAGUGAUAUAAAAGAGAGAUUCACCAACUAUGUGCUGUUAUUGAUAGUAUGUCUAAGAAAUAUGGAACAGUUCUCAUGGAAUCCAGAUCACCUUUGGGUGUUGUUUCCAGAUGUUUGCAUGGUCAUUGCAUCAGAAAUUGCAGUGGAUAUUGUGAAACAUGCAUUUAUAACAAAAUUCAAUGACAUUACAGCAGAUGUCUACAGUGAGUACAGAGCCAGCCUGGCAUUUGACCUUGUUAGCAGUCGACAGAAAAAUGCAUACACAGAUUACAGCGAUUCUGUUUCCAGGAGAAUGGGUUUUAUUCCUCUUCCAUUGGCUGUUUUACUCAUCAGAGUCGUAACAAGCUCAAUAAAAGUACAAGGAGUCUUGGCUUAUGCUUGUGUUGUGCUCUUCUAUUGUGGGUUAAUUUCACUAAAAGUCCUUAACAGCAUUGUGUUGUUGGGCAAGUCAUGCCAAUAUGUAAAGGAGGCAAAAAUGGAAGAGAAGUUGUUCAGUCCUCCUCCUACUAGCACCCCAGGCAAACCACCUAGCAAACCCCAAAGCAAAUUUAAAUCUACUCAAGGUAUUUCCACAGACGAAAGUUUCUCUGCAUCAAUUACCAAUCAGCCUGUACAUCAGAAGGAAAAUACUACGUCUUCACUUGUGACAAGCAACUCUGAUCAAUUCCUGACGACUCCUGAAGGAGAAGAUAAAGAUAUAAGCCAAGACAAUUCAGAAUUAAAACACAGAUCUUCAAAGAAAGAUUUGUUGGAGAUAGACAGGUUUACUAUUUGUGGAAACAGAAUUGACUAAGUUUUCUGAAUAGAUGUGCUUAGGAUACUGAGCUAUUGGGACAGCAAAUGCUACCAGAAUGGACGGUUGCCAAAAAAGGCACUUAAAUAUUUAUUUAAAAUAUUAAAUUAUUAAUGGCAAGCAAAUAUUAAUUUUUACAAGUAGGCUUGGUAGCUGGUCAGAUCAAGUAACAGAAAUCUUUAACUUGGCUCUUUGGAAAAUAUAAUGGAUUGUGAGCCUCUUGUCUAUUUGGCAGAGCUACAGUAUCGCUGUCUUGGAAAUAGACUGAAAAAAUCAAACUCCUGUUUUGAUUUUUUGAAACCAUGCUUCCAGAACAUAUCAUUUUUCAUCAAGGUCUCUACAAUAUAAGGAUAUACCUGGGAAUAUAUGACAACUUUAAUAGGAAGCUCAUCUUUCCAGUCUCAUGUUGUUUUCAUAAACAGCUACAGAUUUCAAAACUUGUACUUAUCAACGAAUACAUAAAAAAGCACUGGUAGAUUAAAUAGUAAGUCAAGAUAAUUAUUCUUGUCACCAGAAGAGUCUUUGAAGAUGUAUCAGAAUUAAUCAGAAUAAAAUACUACAGUAUCUUAAAUGAAAGACCUACUGCAUAGUAUUUUAUCUAAAAUCUAAACCAGCAAGGGAAAUGGAUCACAAAUACAGAGAAAUACAGUGAAGGUUCCGCAUAACUGGGCAAACACAGCUUCAUUUUUCUGUUCAAUUAUAAUGUGUUCUGCAAGGCAAACUAUAUACAUUUAUAAAUGCUAUAUGAAAGGCUUUUUUUAAAAAAAGUUGAGGCUUGUUUUUUGCAAUGGGAAACAUUUUGUUACAAAGUGACACUUCUUUAUAUUGAGAAAAGGUAGUGUGAACUGCAGCCAGCAACACCAGUGUUGCAUUAAUUCCAGAUAAUUCCAAUGCAAUGGAAGAAAUAAUUACUCACUAAAUUUUUGGUUUAAACAAGUUGAUAAAAAUGGCAUCUGUAUAUUAACUUAGCUGGAAAAAUUGCCCAUAGAAUAGUUAAACAGAAAAUCAGAAGUGUCCAUUUUAAUUGAUGGAUUUUAAGCAAACUUAAGUAGAUAUGAAUAGCUUUGUUAUGAAACGCUUGGUUUUAUGAAGUAUAAUGCAUCUUAAUUUCUGGUGUGUGUGGCAAGGUUGGGGGAAUUGAUGAAAGGCAUAUUGAAUCCCUCAAGAAUGAAUUGCAUUUCAGCUCAAUAACUAGGCUAGAGAACUGAAUCAAAAGACAAUCUUUCAUCCAGUGAUAAAUCCUACAUUUGCUGUUUAAAAUAUAACAUUAACCUCUCUUUUCAAAAACCUUUCAAAAGAUUUAAGUUGAUGUCUGCUAAAUUAUUUCCCUUCGAAUUUUAUUUUGGAUUUUUGGUAUGAUACAGAUAUUUCAGUGAUGAACAAACCACAGGAUUUUUUUAUUAACUAAUUUGUAAUCUAUUAGAGUGGAAAAGCCAAAGUUUAAUAUUUGAUUUAUGAUUAUGAAAUGUGGAAGAAUACAUGCUAAUUCCUAAAAUCUGCAGAGUUGUAUUAAUAUGACAGAACAGAGAAAUGUACAUAAAUAAUGUUAUGAAACUGAUCAGAAUGUGAAGUUGUCAUGAAAAAUGGCUUUACCAUACAAGUCAACAUCAUCUGCUCUAAAGGGAGCCUCUUGCUUCCCCUUCUCCUCUCCCACCAACAGCAGCUGCAGUAGUGUCCAGAAUCAAUUGAAAUGGUUGGGGGCGAGGGGAAGAGGAGAGUCUAAAAUGCUUUUAUUGUGGGUGUAUUUUAUGCUCAUUGAGAAAUUUACACAUUUAAAAUUCAAUUCAGAUCUGUGAAUUUUUCAGUUAUGUAGCAGUUGCUAAAGGAAGCUUGGAAUGAUUUUCAUCUGUUAAAUGACAUUCUGUACCAAUUUUAUAAGUGCAUCUUGUGUGAAACUCAAUAAAAUUCAAUUUUGUAAUCUUUGCUUAAAAAAA